GUUCUCAACUGGACCGGGUUGGUGGCCUGAAUGUAUUAGCUGUGCUGCGUCUGCCCAAAAGAAAUAAGGAUGUCUAAGCCCCUGGAGGCCGAGAAGCAAGGUGUGGACUCCCCGUCAGAGCACACAGACACCGAAAGAAAUGGACCAGACACUAACCACCAGAACCCCCAGAAUAAGACCUCCCUAUUCUCUGUGUCCCCGACUGGCCCCAGCACUAAGGGGGGCAUUGUCUCUGACCUCCAAUUAACCCUCUGGGGUCCCGGACCCUGCCUCUCUCCCCACCAGAUCAAGGCUGAAGACCCCAGCAGUGACUGCGUCCCAGCAGCCCCUCCGCCCCCCCAGCCGGCUCAACCUCAUCUGCCCCAGGCCCAGCUCAUGUUGACGGGCAGCCAGCUAGCUGGGCUCACGGCGCUGAUGCCGGCACAGCAGCAGCUCCUCCUGCAGCAAGCCCAGGCCCAGCUCCUAGCCGCCGCCGCUGCUGCCGCCGCUGCCUCCUCCUCCACCUCCUCCUCCUCCUCUGCUUCCUCCUCGACCUCGCAGCCCCCAGCCUCCUCCGGGGGUGGCGACCUGCCCCCUCCACAGCCUGCCAGCCAGCCCCCCGGGACCCCUCAGCUCACCCUCUCCCAGCCCAUCCAGCUCACAGCACAGGACAUACAGCAGCUCCUUCAGCUCCAGCAGCUGGUCCUUGUGCCGGGACACCACCUCCAGCCACCUGCUCAGUUCCUGCUGCCACAGGCCCAGCAGGGUCAGCCAGGCCUGCUACCGACGCCAAAUCUAUUCCAGCUACCUCAGCAGACCCAAGGGGCGCUGCUCACCUCCCAGCCCCGGGCCGGGCUGCCCACCCAGCCCCCCAAGUGCUUGGAGCCCCCGUCCCACCCGGAGGAGCCCAGUGACCUGGAGGAGCUAGAGCAGUUUGCCCGCACCUUCAAGCAGCGUCGCAUCAAGCUGGGCUUCACGCAGGGCGAUGUGGGUCUGGCCAUGGGCAAGCUGUACGGCAACGACUUCAGCCAGACGACCAUCUCCCGCUUCGAGGCCCUCAACUUGAGCUUCAAGAACAUGUGCAAACUCAAGCCCCUCCUAGAGAAGUGGCUCAAUGACGCAGAGACCAUGUCUGUGGAUUCCAGCCUGCCCAGCCCCAACCAGCUGAGCAGCCCCAGCCUGGGUUUCGACGGGCUCCCCGGCCGGAGACGCAAGAAGAGGACCAGCAUCGAGACAAACGUCCGCUUCGCCUUAGAGAAGAGUUUUCUAGCGAACCAGAAGCCUACCUCAGAGGAGAUCCUGCUGAUCGCUGAGCAGCUGCACAUGGAGAAGGAGGUGAUCCGCGUCUGGUUCUGCAACCGGCGCCAGAAGGAGAAGCGCAUCAACCCCUGCAGCGCGGCCCCCAUGCUGCCCAGCCCCGGGAAGCCGGCCAGCUACAGCCCCCACCUGGUCACACCCCAGGGGGGUGCAGGGACUUUGCCGUUGUCCCAAGCUUCCAGCAGUCUGAGCACAACAGGUCAGGGAGGGCGGCGGCGACGGACGGUGCAGGGGGCCGUGGGAGGAGAGGGCCGGGGCUGGAACCUCAGGUUCUCCUUGGUUCCGGGUGCCUGUGGGUCUGGGGUGAACUGGGUGUGGAAUGGGCGGCCCGUCCUGCGCGUGCGCGCGCGCACCCUCGCCUCUAGAGGGCGCCACUGGCCCGGCCCGCGCCCGCCCUCGGCGUCGCCGGGCUCUGGGGGGACGGGGAGGACGCCGCCCGUCUGCCCUGAGGGGGACACAGCCCGCCUGCCCCCCGGGGGCCGGCGCAAGCUGAAGGCCGCCUCUCUUGUCUCUCUCCCAGCCCUGGCUUCUGGUGGAACCCUGCCCCUUACCAGCCUUGAUGGCAGCGGGAACCUGGUGCUGGGGGCGGCCGGCGCGGCCCCGGGGAGCCCCGGGCUGGUGACCUCGUCGCUCUUCCUGAACCACGCGGGGCUGCCCCUGCUCAGCGCGCCCCCGGCCGUGGGCCUGGUCUCGGCGGCAGCGGCGGCCGUGGCGGCCUCCAUCUCCAGCAAGUCCCCGGGCCUCCCCUCCUCGUCGUCCUCGUCCUCGUCCUCGUCCUCCUCGUCGUCUUCGUCGUCCUCCUCUACUUGCAGUGAGGUGGCAGCACAGACCCCCGGGGGCCCAGCGGGGUCCGAGGCUGGGUCCAAGCCUGAGUGAGGGGCCCCCCCUGGACCUCCCCACCGCCUCCUUUGACCCGCGCCUCCCGCCAGGCCCCCCUACCCCCGCCUUGGAAGAAGGCGAGGAGGAGGCCAACGGUGGGGGGCGCAGAGGGUCCCCGGAGCAGGAGUGACAAGGGAGGAAAGACCAAAAACAACAACAACAAAAAACAAAUCCAACCAAAAAAAACAACAAACAAAAUAGAAAACCAAAAAUAAUCACAAGAGAAACCAGCUGUCCCAAAGGAACCAGAGAUCAAAAACAAAGCAAACCAAAAACCCGUGGCUCGAGCCAGACCUCAGUGUGCACCCUCAGCGCUACGACACCAAAUAUGAGUCCAGCCAGGGGCCUAGAGGCCUGUGGCCGGGUGAGGCCCUCACGGCAAGUCCCUAGCAGGGGUGCUCACCGCCAGCCUUGCUUCCCCAGCUGGUGGGAAGGGGCUGGGGUGGUCAGAGAAGUAAUGAGAGAACGCCCACUGCCUGGGCCUGGGCCUGGGCCAGCGGACAGGGCCAAGCCACAGACAGAGAAGGCGUGGCCAGAGCCACCUGCCAACUGUUUUCAGAAGAGCAAGGGCCGGAACAACCUUACACCAAAUAUUCAGUAGCUUCAUCCAAAGGAUGUACAGAAUUUUUAGCGUUGCGCUCAACAGAAUGUGUACCUACCCUGUGCCCCCGCCCCUCCC